AUGUGUCAUGAGGAACAUAGUGCUCAAGGCAUAGCUAAUGAAAAAGAAAAGAGGGAGAAUGAGGGAGAAUCUAGAGAUGAUAAGGAGAGUGAUAGUGAUGAUAAGAUAGGUGAACAAGUAAAUGAUUCUGUAGAAGAAGAAAAUCAUACUGAAGAAGAGGACAAUUCUGAGAGUGAGGGUGAGGAUCCAGAAAAGGUAAGUGAGAGUGAAGGAGUGGGUGAAGAAAGUGAGAAAGAGAGUGACAAUUUGAGUGAGGAAUUUGAAGGCUCUAUGACCAUUGGGAACACUGUCAUAGCCCCUUCAGAAGAAACUAGUGAAGAGAAAAGGACUCAACAACCUGGGCCUCUGUUAACUCCUUUCACUGGAGAUAAAGAGGUUAGCAGUGAUAAAGAUGACUUGCCAUUGUCCGAGGUAGAGAAGAAACCCAGGAAGACUCCUGUGAAAUCAACAAAGUCAUCAGUCCCAAUAAGGAAAUGA